AUGAAGUUCAAACCCUUGCUGUUCAAGGGUCAACUCCAAAAAAUAAACUUCGGGACAUGUGAUAAUUACAUCCCAGUCAGUGAAUUAAGUAAAAAAUCAUGGAAUCAGCAACAUUUUGCCCUGGUAUUUCCCAAACCACCACGGCCAGGAACAAGAAGGAGAUCAAAACCUUCCCAACUACAAGACAAAACAGUUCCUAGAUAUGAUGAAGACAAAUUAAGGGGAGCUCAUAAACCACCAUUAUGGAUGCACCGUUCUUUAAUGAGAAUUUCUGAGAGACCAUCUGUUUAUUUAGCUGCUAGGAGGCAGCCUCUACAGAAACCAGCUCGACACUCCAGGGAGGAUGCUAAAGAUGCAGCAAAACCUUUAUCUCCAUCAAUAAUUAAGAAAAGUAAGGAAGACAAGAAGGACAAAUCAGAUGCAGAAGCAGAGUCCACAGUUUCAGAGGAAAAACUUAGGAAAGGUUCAGAGAAAGAACCAGGAGCUAAAGAAGAGAAAGCAGAUGCAAAGAAAGAUGUCAAAAUAGAGAAAAAAGGUUCAGAGAAGGGCAAGGAGUCAGUUACAGAAUCUGAAGAUGAAAAAGCAGGUGCAAUAAAAGGUUCUGAAAAAUACAAGAUAGGUUCAAAGAAGGACAACGACUCAGCUACAGAAUCAGAAGGUGAAAAAGGAGAUGCAAAGCAAGACUCUAAAAAAAAUAAGAAAGGGUCAAAGAAGGGCAAGGAGUCUGAUACAGAAACAGAAGGUGAAAAGGGAGAUGCAAAGAAAGAUUCAAAGAAAGAUAAGAAAGGUUCAAAGAAGGGCAGGGAGUCUGAUACAGAAACAGAAGGUGAAAAGGGAGAUGCAAAGAAAGAUUCAAAGAAAGAUAAGAAAGGUUCAAAGAAGGGCAGGGAGUCUGCUACAGAAUUAGAAGGUGAAAAAGGAGAUGCAAAGAAAGAUUCCAAAAAAGAUAAGAAAGGUUCAAAGAAGGGCAAGGAGUCCAUUACAGAACCAGAAGGUGAAAAGAAAGAUGGAAAGAAGGAUAAGAAAGGGAGCAAGGAUUCAAAGAAACCUGGCGAGAAAGGAGAUGAAUCAAAGGACAAGAAAGAUUCAAAGAAGAAGGAGAGUAAAAAAGAUAAGAAAGAUGAAAAGCCCGGUGAGGCAGAUAGUGAGUCAAAAGAUGCUGCCAAGAAAGAAAAGAAAGAUGCCAAGAAGGAUGCAAAGAAAGAUGCCAAGAAGGGCAAGUAG